AUGUUGAGCCGUUUGUCCGGGCUGGCCAACACUGUCCUGCAGGAGCUGUCAGGGGAAGGCGAGAAUUCAGAAGUCGGGGAUUUGCCCACUGGCCCAGAGUUGGAAGCCAGCCAGCAGAAUGGGGAGGAGACCCCCGAGGACGCGUUGGAACGGCUGGCCCACAUGGAGAGGCUGGUGGUGCAGCUGAAAGAUCUGGUGCGGGAAAAGGAUGCUGAGCUCCGCCAGAAGGAUGCUAACCUCCAGGAGGAAAAGCAGGCUGCCGAUGCCAAGCUGGCCAAGCUGAAGCUGCAGGCCAAAGCCAAGGUGGCAUUGCUUAACAAGCGCAUUGAGGAGCUGACCGAGCAGGGAGCCGCCGCAUCUGCAAAGGGCCUGCCGGAGGAGCCGCUGCCGCCUCCUCCUUGCGAGCAGCUACAGGGUGACCAAGAGACUCAUCACAAAUGGAAGGAGGAAGUGGAAGCCCUGCAGAGGAGGCUUCAGGAGCAGGAGGCCAUGACUGGGAAACUGCAAGCACAGCUAGAGGAGGCCACAGGAAGCCUGGAAGCAGCACAGGUCCAGCUGAGCAGUCUGCAAGGGGUGAUCCAGGAGAAAGACGCCCUCCUCGAAGAGCAGGCCCGCCGGCACCAAGUGGAGCUUCACCAACUAGCGGCCCAGUCCACUCUGGAAGCAGAAAUGCAACAGAAUCUGAGGCUGUUGCAGCGGAAGCUGGAGGAGCAGGAGGCAGCCCUGCUGGGCCGGACUCAGGUGGUGGAAUUGCUGCAGCAGGAGCUCAACAGCCUGGAGGAGCAGAAGCAGGUCCUCUUGGAGAAAUUCCAGGUGUCCGAGGCGGAGCUGGAGUCCCUGAGGCGGACUUCUGCUUCUGAGAGGCAGCAGUCGCAGACCUUUGUGGAGAAGCUGGAAAUGGAGUUGGCGGAGAGGAAGCUCGCUUGCCAUCACUUGCAGGAGGAGGUGCAGCAGCUCUCUCAGGCGCUGGCCCAAGGAAGAGCCGUCGAGGACGCUCGCGAGCAGGAGAGCAAAGCCUCCGAGAAGAGGCACCUGGAGGAACUGGAGGAGAAGAGCCAGCAAAUAGCCCAGCUCCGACGAGCGGAGCGGGACUUGCGUUCGAACUACGACACCCUCCUGACGGAGAACAGCCGGCUGCAGCAGGAUUUGGAUCGGCCCCUGGAACGCUCCGCCGAGCAGGUUUCCACCCAGCAAGUCCUGCGUCUGCCUUCUCUUGGCACCAAGGCCGAGGAUAGACGUUGGUUGUCAGCAGCGGCUUUGAGGGCGGUGAAGCUGAUGGCCAGUGUUUGUGUCUUAGGGGAGCUUCUUGAAGGACCCCGGGAGUCGGGCGGCUCACAGGCUCAACCUGAAACGUUUGCAGUCCACACAAUGGAGUUGGUCUCUACACUGGAUGAGGACGAAGGACCUCCACUGGAGAAGGACGGCCAGCCGGAAGACAAGCAGCUGAAGACGGCGGUGGAGAAGCUGGAAGCUGAAAAUGAGUCCCUCCAUGCUAAAGUUGCCCUGUUGGAAAAGCGGCUGGAAUUAGCAGCCAGCGCAGCGGAGUCAAGCCAGGUCAGCUGUGCUGAUCCAGGCACUGACUUCUCCCCUCUGCUGGUUUCGGGGGUCUUGUCGAGCUUUGGAGAUGGCUGUUUGGGGCCAGGGGAUUCGCUGGAUGGGAUUAAAAGCGUCACAAGAGAGAGCCUGGAUCCACCCGCCGUGCCAGCCAUCCUGACCCAGGCCAACCCAGGAGAAAGCAUUGAUGAGCCGCCUACUGGGGACAACGGCCACCCUGACAUUUUGCAGUACCUCUCCACGAAGAAGCGCAAAGAUCUCUCUGUCUUGCUUCUGGAGAUGCAGGAGGCACAGGAAGAAAUUGCCUUACUUAAAGGGCAGCUUCAUGACUCCGGCAGUCCGGCCCCCAAAGUAGACGCUCAGCUGGGAGGGAGACAGCAGGCCAGCAGCGUCCUGGAAGGGGGAAGAGGAGAAGAGGCGGGGCUUGUCCAGAGCGAUUCAAAUGGCAGUUCGUUAAUGGCCGUGGAAAUUCCGGAGGGGGCGCCUGCCCUGCUGGGGAUAUCCUCGGAGCAAGGCAGCCUCCUGGCACAGGGCAGCCAGGCCCUUCCAGAGCCUUCCUUGGCCUCGGAGCCACCGCCACCAGAACAGGGAAAGGCCCCAGUUGGCACCACAGGACUCCUCAGCAGCUGGCAGGAAGCAGAGGAAUGCCACAAGGAGGCUGAAAUCGAGAAGCUGCAGCGGCUGUUGGCAGAGUCUGGGGCCGCCGUGCGCACCCUGACUGCCGAAAGAGACCAACUGCUUUCCCGGCUGAAGGAGCUCUGCUCCCUGGCAGAACUGAAGGAGCAGGUGAGGCAGCUGGAGGGCGACCUGGCUGACUCGGAGAAGCAGCGCCUCUCUGACUACGAGAGCGGGAUCUCCCAGCUCAGCCUGCUGAAGGAGCAGAUCCAGAGCCUGAAGAAUGAGGCUGGGUCCAAGGAGGUGAAGAUAGAGGCCUUGCAGAGGGACUUGGAUGAAGCUCAGCACUGCGUUGCGGAGCAGGACCUGCUGGCGCGCAGCCUGAGAAGCCAGCUCCAGGAGGAGGAGCAGGAAGGCCGUGCGUUGGUGGGGCGCCUGCGGGAGGCCUCCACAGAGGUGGAGGAACUCUCUCGAAGCGUCGUCUCGAAGGACGCGGAGGCCGGCAGGCUUCAGGAGCUCCUCUCAGAGAGGUCCGCCAUGGUGGAGCAGCUGCAGCGAGUGGUGGCGGAGCGGCAGGAGCAGCUGGCAGAAAUCGGCACCAGCAUGGCCGACCGGAUGGUUCAGUUGAACGAGGAGAAGUUUGCGUUGGGGAAGGAGCUGAAGGGCCUUCAGGAGCAGCUGAGUCAGUUUCUGCGAAAAAAGGAGACAAAGGAGCUGGGUGUGGGCACCAGCGAGGAAUCUGGGCAAGAGCAGGGCGUGGGCACUAGCGAGGAACCCGGGCAGCAGGCCGAAGGGGUGUCCUCCGCCGGCAAGGAGCUGGAGGCCCUGAGGAAGGAAAACGAGCAAGUGAGGAAAAAGCUGCAGGCCGCCCUUGUCAGCAGGAAGGAUCUCCUAAGCAAGAUCCGCAAGAUGGAGAAGCUGCCGGAGAGCAGGGAAGGGCAGCCGGGGGAGCCCAAAGCCCUGGAGACGAAGGACAGUGAACCCUCCGAGAUCAGUGCCGACGCAGACGUGGAGGCCGAUCCCGAAAGCCGAGGCCAGGUUGCCUCUCUCAGUCAGCCGCCUUCUGCCAAGGAGGCUGAACUGCAAAUCACGUUCCGAGAAAAGGAAUCUGCAGUGGCUGAGUUGCAAGCGGUGAUCGCGGACCUGUGGCAAAGGUUGCAGGAGAAGGACACCCUCAUCGGGGCCCUGGAAGCCAAGGACUGCAAGGAGCAGCAGGCCCCGGAGGGUGGCUCCGCUGAGUCGGACCUGGAGGAGCAGUGGAGGACCGCCCUGGAAGAGAAGGUCUGCGCUCUGGAGCAGGAGAAGGAGCAGCUCCAGAAGAAGCUCCAGGAGACCCUGGCCUCCCGCAAGGACACCGUAAAAAAGGCCCAGGAGAAGGACCGCCACCACCGGGAGCAGCUGAAGCAGCAGAAGGACGACUACAGCCUCCUCCAGGGGCAGUUUGAGGAGCAGGGCAGGGAGAAGGAGCGCAUCCGUGAUCAGCUCCGGCUGCUGCAGGCCCGGAUGGAGGCACCGGAGAACUCCUCUUUCCCCGGGCCUGACCCAGAAGCUCUUGCGGAAGGAGCUCCGCCAGCACAGGAACCUGCCCCAGAGGUGCCCCCCGCAGGCUCCGAAACGGGAAGGUUUGCGGCCGGCGGAAGUGGCCCGGCAGCGGAAGACGUCGCUGUCGGACAGAUCGAGGCCGAUCUAGAGAAACUCCAAGCCAAGAAAGGAGAGCUUGAAGCCCAGCUCCACCGCCUGGAAGGAGAGCUCCGAAGCGAGUCGGAGGCGGCCCUGCAGCUCCAGGAGCAGGUGGGGUGGCUGCUGGCCGAGGUGGAGGCCGCCAAAGAGGCUUCCCGCCAGGCUGAAGCCAGCGUCACAAGCCUUCGGGUGGAGCUGAAGGAGAGCCAAGCUGAGCUCGCCAGGCUGGAAAGCCUGAGGCUCCAUCAGGUGAGUCUAGAAGAGCAGAAGGAACUCGAAAGGAAAGAAGAAACCGAAGCUCUUCGCCUCCAGCUCUUGGAGAAAAUGGAGUCUCUGCAGAGCCUCCAGGUGCAGCUGCAGGAAAGAGAGGAUGCCAUCAAAGCCCUCCGAGGCCAGCUGGAGCUCCAGGCCAAGGAGCAAACCCAGCGACCACAAGCCGAGCUGGCUGAAACGCAGAGGUUGGCUGCGGAGGAGCAAUCGAGGGCCCAGCUGCAGAGAAAACUGCAGGCUGCGCUCAUCUCCAGGAAGGAAGUGCUGAGAGAGAGCAGACUGCUGCAGGAGGAGCUGGCGGGCACCAGAAGCGCCCUGGAAGGUGCAUCCCAUCGCCUGGCGGAGGCAGAGAGUCAGGCCCAUGAGCUGGAGGAGGAGAAGGGGGCCCUUUUGGGGAAGCUGGAGGCCAUCACCGAGGAACGGGGGAAGCUGAUUGCCGAGGUGGACAAAGCCCUGGUGGAAAACCAGAACCUGUCCGGCUCCUGCGAGAGCCUGAAGCUGGCCCUCGAGGGGGUGACUCAGGAGAAAGCCCGGCUGGAGCAGGACCUGGACGCUCUGCGGAGCGCCCAGGCCGAGGAGCUCUCCAACUGGCAAGGGAGGCACCAGGAGCUGCAGAGGGAGUACGAGACCCUCCUGCAGUCGUACGAGAAUGUCAGCAACGAGGCGGAGAGGAUCCAACGGGUGGUGGAAGGCGUCCGGCAGGAGAAGCAGGAGCUCUUCCUGAAGCUGAAAGGCGUGGAGGCGGAGAAGAGGGAGGCGGAGGCUCAGCUGCAGGGGGCCGAGCGCGAGAUGGAGGGGAUGAGGGAGAAGAUGCGGAAGUUUGCCAAGUCCAAGCAGCAGAAGAUCCUGGAGCUGGAGGAGGAGAACGAGCGGCUGAGGGCAGAGGCUCCUCCCGUGGAAGGCGACCCAGGACGGGAGGAAGAGGCAAGUUCCCGUCUCAGGGAAGAGCUGGAAAGCACCAAGGAGAACUGCCAGACCCUUUCCAGGCAACUGGAAGCCCUGGAGGCCGAGAAGGACUCUCUGAGCCAGGAGAUCCAGGGCUUGAAGCAGCAGCAGCUGCGGGGCCAGGCGGAGGAGGCAGGAAGAAGUGAUGCGCAAGGGGAGGCUGUGGCACAGGAAGAGGCAGCCACUUCGCUCCUGGUGGCAGCCACUUCCCCACUGGUGGCAGCUGUAGAGGCAGCCGAAGGCACAGCCUCUGAAGCUCCAGAGCUGGCUGCCGUGAGCCUUAAUACCGAGGAGGAAGAGGAGGGCAAGGUCGGCCCUUCGCGCGAUGAAAUAAACGGGUACAUCCGACAAGUGGCACAGCUCACGGAUCGGGUCGCGCAGCUGGAGGAGAUGAGGAGGGGGGAAGCGGAGAAGCUGGGCAGGGCCCUGGCGGAUGUGGGUGCCCUGGCAGAGGAGAAGAGAGGCUUGGAGGAGCAGCUGGCAGCAAAAGCCCAUGAACUGGCCGCGCUGCAGGAAAGGGCCCUGGGGCUGGAGCGUGCCCACCAGCAGGCGGAAGAGCAGCUCGCUGGAACGGCGGGGCUGAAAGAAGCUCUUGAGGCUGAGAAAGACGACCUGGAGGAGCGGCUGAUGAACCAGCUGGCAGAGCUGAACGGGAGCAUUGGCAACUACCAGCAAGACGCAGCGGAUCUGCGUGGCGAGAACCGGCAGCUCCUGGACGAGGUGGAGGCUCUUCGAGGAGCACUGAGCCGGCUGGAGGAUGAGAAGAGACGCCUAGUGAGGGAGAAGGCUGAUGCGGAGGCAGAGAAGAAGGAGCAUGUGGAGAAGCUGAAGAGCGCCCGGAAGGGAGACAGCGGUGGCAGGAUGCAGGUGAAAGAGCUGCAAGAGCUGCUGAAGGAGAAGCAGCAGGAGGUGCGGCAGCUGCAGAAGGACUGCAUUAAGAGCCAGGAGAAGAUCAGCAGCUUAGAGAGAACCAUCAAGGCCCUGGAGUUUGUCCAGAGCGAGUCUCAGAAGGAGCUGGAGGCCACCAAGAGGAGCCUGGCCAAGGCGAGGGACGACACCAAGAAGGUCCAGGCUGAGCUGAGCUCCUGCCGGAUCCUGUUGGAUGACACCCAGAGUGAGGCCGCCCGCAUCUUGGCCGAGAGCCUGAAGGCCAAAGAGGAGCUUCAGGCCAGCAAGGAGCAGGUUCGGGCGCAGCUGAGGCGCCAGGAGGAGGAGCUCGAGCGGCGGCUGGCGGAAGAGAAGGGCAAGCACGCCAAGGAGGUCCGGAACAUGGAAGAGAAGCUGGAGGCCCGGCGGCAAGAGCAGGCCCUCUCUGAGGGGGUGAUGCGCGGCCUGCAGGAGGCCCUGGCCCGGAAGGACCAGGAUGCCAAACAGCUGCAAGGCAGGCUCAACCAAGCCCUGGCCCAGCUGGCCGCCUUCACUCGGAGCAUGUCCUCCCUGCAGGACGACCGGGACCGGGUCAUCGACAAGUCCCGGCAGUGGGAGAGGGAGUUCAGCGAGGCCGUCGAGAAGAAGGAGGAAGAGGUGCGGACCCGGGAGAGAGCCUGCGUCAUUUUGGAGGACCAGAUGAAGCAGGCAGCUGCCCGGGUGGAGGCGCUGCAGAGUCAGGUUGUCAGCCUGGAACACAGCAAAUUGGCCUCAGAGGCCAGUUCCCAGAAGGAGCUUCGGCGACUGCAGGAAGAGGCAGAGCUGCUCGAGAAGGAGAACCAGAGCCUGACAUCCCAGCUCAGGGAGAUACGACAGUCGUUCUGUGACUCCCAAAACCAGCUCCAAAAGCAGGAGUUGGAGCUCCGAGGCCUGAGAGAGCGGCUGGCUGAGCUGCAGGGUUCCUUCACAGAGUGCAAGGAAGCGCAGGAAGAAACGGAGAGCACGGCGAAACGGCAAGAGGCCGACCUCCGGGAGUGCAGGUUCCGCCAGGAGCAGCUGGAGACGGACCUGCGCGUCUCCAAGGAGCUGACGGACAAGCUCCACGAGGAGAUCAGCAGCAAGGAGCAGAGGAUUGUCAGCCUUCUGGCUGCUAGGGAGGAAGCCGUGGCGGCAGCCGUCUCAGAAUCCCAGCAGCGGCACGAGGAGGAGCUGAAAGAGAUGGAGGACAGGAUUGCCAAGGGGGAAGAGGAGUGUGCGGCCUUGGAAGAGGAGAGGAGGAAAGCUCUGGAGAAGGCAGAUAGUCUCCUGGGGAAGCUGAAGAGCACCCGGGAGGAGAGCAAGAAGCACAAGGCCCAGCUGGACUCCUUCACCAAGUCCAUGUCUUCUCUGCAGGACGACCGGGACCGGGUCCUAGGAGACUAUCAGCAGCUGGAGCAGCGCCACCUGUCCAGCAUGCUGGAGAAAGACCAGCUCAUCCAGGAGGCGGCUGCCGAGAACAACAGGCUGAGGGAGGAGAUCCGGGGCCUCCACGGCAGGAUGGACGACCUCCACGCCGAGAACGCCAAGCUGGAUGCGGAGCUGGUGCGGUACCGGGAGGACCUCCAGCAGCUCAUCUCCAUCAAGGACAGCCAGCAGAAGCAGCUCUCCCGGGCCCAGCUGGAGCGCAUCCAGGCCCUGGAGAAGGAGAAGGCGGGAGCGGAGGGCCUGCUCAGGGAGUCAGAGCGGUUCGUGGAGGCCCUGUCUCGGGACAAGCACAGCCUGGAGCAGGAGGCGAAGGCCCUGCGGACCUCUCUUUCCCAGCUGCAAGGGGAGGUGGCGGCGCUGCAGGAGGGCGGUCCCAUGCUGGAGCUGCAGACGCGGCUGCAGGCCAAGGCGGACGAGGCGCAGGAGCUGAGCAGCCAGCUCUCCCUCGCCCGGCGGCGGGUGGCCGAGCUGGAGGAGGAGCUGGCCCUCGCCUGCCAGACCGCGGCCCAGCAGCUGCAAGAGGCGGAGGCCAAGAUGAAGAAGGAGCUGAGGAGCCUGCACCACGACGCCGGGCUGAUGCGCAACGAGACCGAGACGGCUGAGGAGCGGGUGGCCGAGCUGGCCAAGGACCUCCUGGAGACGGAGCAGAGCCUGCUGGCUGUCACCGAGGAGAACCAGGACCUGAAGGCCCAGAUCCAGUCCUUCAGGAAGGCCAUGAGCUCCCUCCAAGACAGCUGGGACCAGUCCAAUGAAGAGCUGCGCGCCAUGGAGACAAAGUACUCCGCCGACUUGGAAGAGCAGCAGUCGCUGGUCCGGAGCCUCCAGGAGGAGAAGGCGGAGCUCCAUGGGGUGCAGGAGACUCUUGCCGGGGAGCGGGCAACGCUGGCCUCCGAGCUGGCAGCCCUCCGGGACGCGGUCGAGGAGAAGCGUCUCCUGGCCCAGCUGGACGAGCUCAACAAGCAGCUCCAGGCCAGAGACGCGGAGCUCCUCCGCCUGACCUCGGAGCUCGAGGGGGCCUCCGGCCAGGUGAAGUCCUUCUCCAAGGCCAUGGCCAGCCUGCAGGACGAGCGAGACCGCCUGCUGCGUGAGCUGGGCAAGAGCCGCAGGGAGCACGAAGCCCCGCUGCAGACGGCCCCAGGCGCUUCCGCCAGCCCCGCAGAAGCGCAGAGCCUCAAGAGGGCCUUGUCUUCACUGCAGAACGACCGGGAGCGGCUGUUGGCAGAUCUGAAAAACCUCCAGCAGCAGUCAGGGGCGGCUGCUGCCGAGCAGGCGCGCCUGGAGGCCCAGCUGCAGGAGCAGAAGCAAGAGACGGAGCGGCAGCAGCAUCGCCAGGAGCAGCUGAGGCAGGAGGUGCAGCAGCUCAGGGAGGAGAAGGCGGCCUGGGAGGUGGAGGCAAAAGGCCAGCUGCAGGGCAGCGUUCAGGCGUCUGUGAAGGAGAUGAGACCCGGCAUUCCUCCCGUGGAGGGGGAACAGCACCAAAGACAGGCUCCCUCAGAGGCCACUUUGCAGCGGGAUGCGUCUAGCCGGGAGACAGAGGUGGAGCGUCUCCAGGUCCAGCUUGGGAGCAGCUUGACGGAGCUACACCAGAAGGAGCUGCGCAUCCAGCAGAUGAACAGCAAGCUCUCGCAGGUCUUUGAAGAGAAGAAUGCCCUCUCCCUCCAGCUGAGGGGAAGCAGCCGCAGCCUGCGGGAGAGCCAGCAACGCUACAGCGACAUCUUGGCCCGCUGCGAGGCGCUGGAGAAGCAGCUGCAGCAGCAGCCGCCUCUGGGGAAGGACGUGGGAUCCCUCUCAACAGACGCUGCUCCUGGAGCCCCGCAAGAAAGAAGUGAGCUUCCAAGGGAGAGCUACACCCCAGAGCUGCAGGAACUACAGAUGAGGUUGUCGGCGGCCAGGCAGCAGGAGAACUCUGCCAAACAGGGCCUACUGCAGCUGGAGGAGCUGCUGCAGGAGGAACGGAACCAGCGCCGGGCAGCCCAGGAGCAUAUCCGCAGGUUGGAGUCAAGCGAGUGGGCACAUUCUUCGGAGACCAGCAUCGACAUGUCCCCUGCCCCUGAGCACGCGCUACUCGUUGGCUCCAUGGAGGGCACCUUCAGCAAGCCUCGGCAGAGCACUGGCCCCCGGCGCCUCCUCCGCUCGCUCUUCUGUUCUCGGACGCGCCUGCCCCUACUGGCCACGGUCUACCUCCUCACCGUCCACGUGCUGCUUCUCCUGUGCUUCACAGGCCACCUGUAA